CGGGGUCACCCAGAAAGCACUGCGCCAUUAGGGGACUGAGUGGUACGCGCACGUUGCCUUUUUUGUCUCUUUGUUCGGAAAGAUGGCGGCGCUGGAGGGACCUUUGGCGGUCUUCGGAGACCGGGGCACCGGUGAGACCGUUCGCACCCAGAACGUUGUGGCUGCUGCUUCCAUUGCCAACAUUGUGAAGAGUUCCCUUGGCCCAGUUGGUUUGGAUAAAAUGUUGGUGGAUGACAUUGGUGACGUGACCAUUACGAAUGAUGGUGCAACCAUUCUGAAGCUGCUGGAGGUAGAGCAUCCUGCUGCAAAAGUUCUGUGUGAACUAGCAGAACUACAAGAUAAAGAAGUAGGAGAUGGCACCACCUCUGUGGUAAUUAUUGCUGCAGAACUACUGAAAAAUGCAGAUGAAUUGGUGAAACAGAAAAUUCAUCCUACUUCCAUCAUUAGUGGAUAUCGUCUUGCUUGCAAGGAAGCAGUUCGCUACAUCAAUGAAAAUCUUGUUAUUAACUCAGAUGAGCUGGGCAGGGACUGUCUGAUUAAUGCAGCUAAAACAUCUCUGUCUUCCAAAAUUAUUGGAGUUGACAGUGAUUUCUUUGCCGACAUGGUAGUGGAUGCUGCUCUUGCAGUUAAAUAUACAGAUCAAAAGGGGCAAGCACGUUAUCCCAUCAACUCCAUUAACGUUUUAAAGGCACAUGGCCGCAGUCAGAAAGAGAGCAUUCUCGUAAAUGGCUAUGCAUUGAACUGUAUUGUGGGAUCCCAAGGCAUGACCAAAAGAAUAGUUAAUGCAAAGAUUGCAUGUCUUGACUUCAGCCUGCAAAAGACUAAAAUGAAGCUUGGUGUUCAGGUGAUUAUCACAGACCCUGAGAAACUGGACCAGAUCAGGCAGAGAGAGGCCGACAUCACUAAAGAGAGAAUUCAGAAGAUCCUGGCUACAGGAGCCAAUGUUGUUCUGACCACUGGCGGCAUUGAUGAUAUGUGUCUGAAAUACUUUGUGGAUGCUGGUGCCAUGGCAGUACGCAGAGUUCUAAAAAGAGACCUUAAACACAUUGCUAAGGCUGCUGGAGCCACGAUUUGUUCUACUCUGGCAAACCUGGAAGGAGAAGAAACCUUUGAAGUAUCAAUGCUGGGGCAAGCAGAAGAGGUGGUUCAAGAGAGAAUUUGUGAUGAUGAAUUGAUUUUAAUUAAGAAUACUAAGGCACGAACAUCAGCCUCGAUUAUAUUGCGAGGAGCAAAUGACUUCAUGUGUGAUGAGAUGGAGCGAUCUCUGCAUGAUGCUCUUUGUGUUGUCAAAAGAGUACUAGAGUCAAAGUCAGUUGUACCAGGAGGUGGAGCUGUUGAAGCAGCACUUUCCAUUUAUCUAGAGAAUUAUGCAACUAGCAUGGGAUCACGUGAACAGCUUGCUAUUGCGGAAUUUGCAAGAUCUCUCCUAGUAAUUCCAAACACUUUAGCAGUCAAUGCUGCCCAAGAUGCCAUAGAUCUUGUUGCAAAACUCAGGGCAUUUCAUAAUGAGGCUCAAGUUAAUCCUGAACGGAAAAAUCUGAAAUGGAUUGGCCUUGAUUUAAUCAAUGGAAAGCCACGUGACAAUAAGCAGGCUGGUGUAUUUGAGCCUACCAUGGUCAAAACCAAGAGUUUGAAGUUUGCAACAGAAGCAGCAAUUACUAUUCUUCGAAUUGAUGACCUUAUUAAAUUGCACCCUGAAAGCAAAAACGAUAAAGGUGGAUGUUAUGAAGAUGCAGUUCACUCUGGAGCAAUUGAAAACUAAAUGGAUUUUUAAUGUAAUGUUC